AUGUCUUUCACCCAUAGUCACUCACUGACGGUACACCGGAGAAUUCACACAGGGGUGAAACCGUACCAUUGUGACGCAUGCGACAAGUCGUUCACCCAAAGUAGUGAUCUGACGGUGCACCGGCGAAGUCAUACAGGAAAUAAAAAGUACCAUUGUGACGCGUGCGACAAAUCGUUCACCCAAAGUAGCGCUCUGGUGGUACACCGGAGAAUUCACACAGGGGAGAAACCGUACCAUUGUGACGUGUGUGAGAUGUCCUUCACCCAUAGUCACUCACUGACAGUACACCGGAGAAUUCACACAGGGGAGAAACCGUACCAGUGUGACGCGUGUGACAAAUCGUUCACCCAAAGUAACAGUCUGGUGGCACACCGGAAAAUUCACACAGGGGAGAAACCGUACCAAUGUGACGCGUGCGACAAAUCGUUCACCCAAAGUAACAAUCUGGUGGCACACUGGAAAAUUCACACAGGGGAGAAACCGUACCAUUGUGACGUGUGCGAGAUGUCGUUCAACCAAAGUCACUCACUGACGGUACACCGGAGAAUUCACACAGGGGAGAAACCGUACCAGUGUGACGCGUGUGACAAAUCGUUCACCCAAAGUAACAGUCUGGUGGCACACCGGAGAAUUCACACAGGGGAGAAACCGUACCAUUGUGAUGCAUGCGACAAGUCGUUCACCCAAAGUAGCCAUCUGGCGGCCCACUGGAAAAUUCACACAGGGGAGAAACUGUACCAUUGUGACGUGUGCGAGAUGUCUUUCACCCAUAGUCACUCACUGACGGUACACCGGAGAAUUCACACAGGGGAGAAACCGUACCAGUGUGACGCGUGUGACAAAUCGUUCACCCAAAGUAACAGUCUGGUGGCACACCGGAGAAUUCACACAGGAGAGAAACCGUACCAGUGUGACGCGUGCGACAAAUCGUUCACCCAAAGUAGCGCUCUGGCGGUUCACCGGAGAAUUCACACAGGGGAGAAACCGUACCAUUGUGACGUGUGCGAGAUGUCGUUCAACCAAAGUUACACACUGACGGUACACCGCCGGAAGCACACAGGAGAGAAAGCGUACCAUUGCGAUGCGUGCGAGAUGUCGUUCACCCAAAGUAGUGGUCUGACGGUACACCAGCGAGUUCACAAGGGAGAGAAUCCGUACCAAUGUGAAAGGUGUGGCUUGUGUUUCACUACUGGGAUCGAUCUUGAGAAGCACUGGUGGACGCAUGUAGAAAAUAUAGAGUGA